AUUAUCUGCGAUUGGUAAAUUGAAAUAUCAUGUGUGUAUAUUUUCCCUUGCUAUUGAUCGGCAUUAAGUGUAAAUAGAAACAUUACUUUCUGACUGAAAUCAUAAUCGCAUAUCUCCUACAUUUCGACCAAAGACGAUGAGAUUCGAUCACAUGAUUUCGACUUGCAGCGUUCACUUUGAGAGUUCGUUAUUUUUCAAACGCCUUGUCAAACGGUCCGCUAACCUCAAAGUUGAUCGAAGAAUAGCAAAGAUACAACGGUUAUCAGGAUCUGCCAUCUGAAUCCUACAGAAUAAUUAUUAUAAUUACCGUUACCAAUAUUAAUGAAGUCGGCACCUCAUCAGAGAUUAGUUAUGGUCGGCGAUCGAGACGCGUUGAAAGAAUUGUUACGAUUGCGUCUAGUCGAAUGCGGAUGGAGAGAUCAAGUAAAGAUCAUCUGCAAGGACCUGAUAAAGGAAAAUGGACAGGACAUCGCGUACGACACAUUGCUUUCAACGGUCACAAGUAGAGCACGAAGUCUUGUUCCUGAUUCUGUUAAGAAAGAAUUGCUGCAGAAGAUUAAGAACCAUCUUAUGGCACAGGAAGAAAGUUUGAAAAGUUAACCACUAUGAUUAGUGCUUUAACAAAGCCGAGAUUAUUGGCUAAUUCUGUCAGUCACAAUUGAAAAUACGAGUUUUCCGCUUUAUCUCCAAUAUUUUUACCCAAUCAACAUUUUAAAUCCAAGUGAAAUAUAGGUAAUAAUUAUAAUAAAUUAGUUAAUCCAUUGACCUUGUUUCAUAUUUUAUUAUCCUUAAGAUUCACACAGCACAGCUCUUUUUUUUUUUUUUAUCAAAUAUAUAAUAUACUACUCUGCAGAUUUAAGCCCUAAAGUAUCUAUUAUUUACAAUUUUAACAUUUCGCGAAUAUACGUAAUAAUUUUUAUCGCACAAAGGUAUCACAUUCUGCAUAUCAUAUAGUAUUAAAUGUAUAAGCGUUUUUGUGAAUAUUAAUACGAACGCUAUUUACAAUCCCAGAUAAUGACUCUCCUGUCUCGGCUGCCAGUGACAAUUUUUUUCUUAUUACUGGAUACCGUUAAAGUUGUAAUUGAUUCUGUGAAAAUACACAUAUUAUCAUGGCAAA